CGCGGGAAUUUUGAUAUGAAAAAUAAUAACAAACGUUGAAAAACACGCUUUUUCGUCGGAAUUCGAUACUUGAUAGCGAGAUAAAUAGAUUUAAAAGAGUUUCAAGAGAAAAAUGAGUAUCAAUAACCUAUUCAAUGUCGCAGCUAGGCCUUGUUCGAGAGUUGCAGGCAAUCGCAUUAAACCAAAUUUCACAUUUGUCAGAAACUGGGAAACAGUAGUUUCACCUCCAGCACAAGUCACUAAUGGCAAGGAGCAGGUGGUUACCUCUGGUGUUUUGAUAUCGCCCAGACCACACAUCAGCCACAACUCGAGCUUUUCAUCAAUCGCUGAAAACAGCCCAACUCCAGUGAUCAUUUCACAUACCACAUCUAAUCAGUCUGAAGCAGACAAUGAUGACAAUGAGGAGGAAAUGGUCGAAGAAGAACAAGAGAAAGGCCAUAGUGGUGAUAACAGGGGGGCUGAUGAUGAGAGGGGUGAUGAUGCUGGGGAUGACGUUAGUGAAGAUGAAGAAGAUGAAGAUGAUGAUGGUGGAAGAGCAGAUGAUGAGGAAGAGGUACAUUCACAACAAUCUGCCAAUGGAGCGGCAGCAAAUAAGGAGGGUGGAGAAGGAGAAAUGAUGGAGGUCAGUUCUGGUGGUCAAGCCCAAUCUGAUAAGUCAUCAGACAGGAAUGUGCCUGCUUCUCAUCUUAUGCCUCCACCCCCUGCUCCGACAGUGAACAACACAGAUGAACUACCAGAUGUUUCGCCUAUCCCAGCUGCUGUAGGAGUUGUAGCAUAUAAAACUCCAGCAUCUGCUGGAAUCAAGCGGCCAAGUAGUAGGAUGACAUCAACACCAGCACAUCUACAGAAAGAAAGCCCUAAACAGACACCAGGUUUUGAAGUGAUCGACACUGCCAAGAGACUGAAACAGCCUGCCAAUACCUUUGUACCGGCUCGUAAGAGACCAACUAUUUCCAAACCAGUCUCAACUCAAGAACAGUCAGGAUCACAGGCUUCAGACAAUGAACAGCAUGUCAUGCCUGAGGUGCAGCUGUGGGUUGGAGCAGGUCCCUUGCGCAGGGUUUCUGACACAACAGAAUUGGAUGUGCUUUUGACAGCAGUGGAGGAUAUCAGCUAUGAAUUCAAGCAGAAGAACCCCAAUCCGAUGAAAAAGAAGACAGUGAAUGGUUUUGUCUUAAAAGUCAGGAAGGAGGUGACAGAUGUUAUUGACUCAGUUCAGGAAUUAAAAUCUUCACAAUCUGCACUGACCAGGACAACUCAUUCACUGAAGAUGGCGUACCAAGAACUGGUCCAAAAACAAAACAAAUACUUCAAUUUGUUGGAGCAGGAAGCCUCUCUGGAGAGAGAGAAGAAAGCAGUGGAGAAGCAGGCAGCUAUGAGGGAUGUAAGCGAGUGGUUGUUCAAACUGGAAGACUUGCAGGCCAGGUACAAGGAGAGUGUAGCUGAUAAACAAGUGAAGGAGAAUUAUAAUACAAGAGAAAACCUGCCAGCGCUUCUGAAGGAAACGAUAACUAGUUUAUCUGCUGCAAAGAAACUCAAAAAUGCUAAUGAUCAAGUGGAACGAUUAAUCGAAACACGUCUGAAUAGCUCACGGCAUGGCCGACACCUCCGGGAUGUUCUGAAGUAAUGCGGUUUGGAUGGAGUCUAUCAUACCAGGGACGUUUACCAGCCCUUCCAAUACGUCCAGGGAGCCAUCUUUACUGAAAGUGAGGAGGGGAAAAAUGAAUGACAUGAACAAUGAACUUGUUUAUCACUUAGGAGUACUUUUUGAGACCAAUGUUGAAAAGAAACAAUUCCCCAGCCCCCAAAAGGUUUGAAUUAGGGCAAUCAAAUACUUUCUCUUGACUGAUUGACUGAAAAAGGAUUACAAGUAUUUCAGUUAAGUUAUUCCCAAACUGUGCAUGGCUGGUGGUUGGAGCUCCACUAUAAGUUCUCCUUACCUUGCUAGUGCCUGCUUCAUUUUCUGUGUGGAAUGUGCCAAUAAGUAAAUGAUGAUUCUUAAACUCUGAUAUUGGACAGAAUCAUACCUCGACUUAAGACAAUGAAGGAUUAUAUCAGGGAUGUGUGGAACCUGAAAUAAAUAGUGAAUGUAUGGAGAAUAUUAUCCAGAUUGAUGAUGUACAUGUUAUUCUUGUUGCAUAGAGGCUCUUUCAGGCAACUGGCAACCACAGUAAUCGGAUAACUAAAACAUUGUUAUGGGUGAACUUCAGGCAAUGGGAUUUGGGGUAGGCCUUCCAAAUUACCAAUACAAAAAGUAAUAAGCUCGACUAAUUUUUGCUUGAGAAACUGAUUGGUGCUAAGGAAGUGACAGAAAUUGUGACCCACUGUGGGUAUCGUAUGUGAAUGGCAAAAGAAGAAAAAAGUGUUAUAUUUCGGUGGUGGGCUUCUUGCAUGGGCACUGUGAAUAGUUGUAAAUAAAUUAUCAUAAGAUUAGGCUGAAAA